UUCACAAAAAGAUUUUUGUUAUCAUUAUAAUUUUCAAGAACCUAAAAUGGGUUGAAGAUAAAACAAGAAAUAAAAGGGUAACACAUUAUUUUCUUGAAUUUGACAAUAACAUGUCAGAAUUGGAAUUCUUGGAGUAUUUGGAAUAGGAAAUUGUUGUUGAAACAUAUGAAUUUUUGGGGGUAGAAUUGAAAGAGAGAAAUGUGGCAUCCACCACCAGGUGUGCAUGGGGAAAGAAUGCAUACACCAAAUAAAUUAAUAGCAGUUGCAAUAGACAAAGAUAGAGGAAGUCAAAUUGCUCUAAAAUGGACAGUUGAUCAUCUUUUAGCCAGAGGCCAAACAGUUCUUUUGAUCCAUGUCAAACUUAAACAAUCUGCUAAUUCCUCUGGUCAAUCCACUCCUACAACUUGCUUGGACCUCGACUAUCCCAUGGAUUACUUGCUAUCUGAUCUCACCGAGACAUGUGACACAGAGUCAAACCAGAUUUCUGAUGAAGCUGGAUCGGGAAAUAGUGAAUUGGAUCCGCAGACAAAGGAACUGUUUCUUCCUUUCCGAGUAUUUUGUACAAGGAAAGAUGUACAAUGUCAUGAUGUUGUGUUGGACGACACGGAUGUGGUCAAAGCAAUCGUUGAAUAUGUGAAUCGAACGGGAAUAGAGGUAUUGAUUCUUGGCGCUACAACAAGAGGUGGUCUUCUCAGAUUUAAAGCGAAAGACAUUCCAGGAGGCAUAUUAAAAGGGGUUCCUGAUUUCUGUACUGUACAUGUCAUCUCCAAAUCUGGAAAGAUUGCAUCUACGCGUGCUGCUUCUCGCCCUGCGCCUUUUGUCCAUCCACUACGUCACCAGUUAAUGCAGCCGGCCAGCACCAAAUUUGCUCCUUUUGAAGGUUCAACACCCUCUGCUGCUAGUUCAAGAGGUCCUUAUUCAGGAGGUCCAAAACCUGUUUGUGAUCCGCCACCAUCUACCCUUCAAAGUGACACAAUGAAUAUGAAGUCGCCGUUCACCCACAGGAAAGGCCCUAAUGGAAAACCAUAUGAAAUCUCUUUGCCAGAUACUGAUAUAUCAUAUGUUAGUUCUGGUCGGCCAAGCAUCGACAACAUCUAUUCUUCAUUUUCCGAUGGCUAUGAUGGUGGUGGACCGACCCCUCCUAGGCUUUCAGGCUUUUCCGAUUUUGAGACCCAAAGCUUUGAUUCCACACAGUUUGGACGGAGAUCGGUGGACACCCUGACUCCACCUGAACUAUCAUUUUCAUCGUUCGAGAGUGAUAGACCAUCAAUCUCCCAAGGACCAGUAGACGAUAUGGAAGCAGAAAUGAGAAGGCUAAAGCAGGAGCUUAAGCAGACAAUGGAACUAUAUAGCACGGCUUGCAGGGAAGCACUUACAGCAAAACAAAAGGCGAUGGAACUCCAGCGCUGGAAACAGGAAGAACAACGACGACUAGAAGAGGCACGUUUAGCUGAGGAAGCUGCGCUGGCACUUGCCGAGAAGGAAAAGGCAAAGUCAAGAGCAGCCAUUGAGCAUGCAGAGGCAGCUCAGCGGCUUGCAGAACUAGAAGCGCAAAAGAGAAUCAGCGCAGAAAUGAAAGCUCUAAAAGAAGCAGAAGAGAAGAAUAAGAUACUGAAUAAACUUACAAACUCUGAUUUCAGGUACAGGAAAUAUACAAUUGAGGAGAUUGAAUCUGCAACAGACUACUUUGCCCAAACUCGUAAAAUUGGAGAAGGAGGCUAUGGGCCGGUGUAUAAGUGCUACCUCGAUCAUACGCCUGUUGCAGUUAAGGUCCUCCGUCCUGAUGCUGCUCAUGGAAGACAACAGUUUCAGCAAGAGGUUGAAGUCCUGAGCUGCAUACGACAUCCUAAUAUGGUGCUUCUUUUAGGAGCCUGUCCGGAAUAUGGAUGCUUGGUGUAUGAGUAUAUGUCAAAUGGAAGUUUAGAAGACCGUUUAUUCCACCGAGGAAAGACACCACCACUCUCUUGGCAGCAGAGGUUUCGAAUUGCUGCUGAGAUAGCUACUGGCCUGCUUUUCCUACACCAGAGCAAACCGGAGCCAUUAGUGCACCGUGAUCUAAAGCCAGGCAAUAUUUUGCUGGAUCGCAACUUUGUGAGUAAGAUUAGUGAUGUUGGCUUAGCUCGACUUGUUCCUCCAUCAGUAGCAGAUACUGUCACUCAAUAUAGAAUGACAUCAACGGCUGGAACUUUCUGCUAUAUUGAUCCUGAAUAUCAGCAAACUGGCAUGCUUGGUGUAAAAUCGGAUGUAUACUCCUUAGGGAUCAUAUUCUUGCAGAUUUUAACAGCUAAGCCGCCAAUGGGAUUGACUCAUUAUGUUGAUAGGGCAAUUGAGAAAGGGACAUUCAAUGAAAUGCUUGAUCCAGAUAUUCCUGAUUGGCCCGUCGAUGAGGCUUUGAGUCUUGCCAAGUUAUCGCUACAAUGCUCUGAGCUAAGGCGAAAAGACAGACCGGAUCUUGGCAAGGUCGUUUUGCCACAAUUAGAAAGAUUGAGAGCACUUGCAGAAGAUCACACAUGCCCAUCACUUAUGUACAAUUCCAAUAUUUCACCCAAUCACAGCCAAGUUUCCCUCUCCCGGGACAACUUAAGUUACCCAAAUACAAUGCCAUCUAGCUACGAGAGCUCGAGGAGCCAAUAAAACACAGGGUCCUAAUGGAUGAGAAUUUUGUUCUGAAGUUUUAAUAUGAGAAUUUUUCUUUUAAGAAAAUAUCAAAAACUAAAUGUUUUGUUAGUGUGGGACUUGCCUUCCUCUUUUGUCCUAUUAUUUGUUAGCAUUUUCUUCCUCUUUUUUACACCAUGUAAGUGCUUUAUGAAGCCCCUAAUUUUCAGUUUGUACAGAUUUGGGGCUAAGAUAAGACGAAAUUUUUUGUUUGAACA